UUUCUCCAAUUUUAGGUAAGUGCAAUAAAAAUCAAUAUCGCCAUUUUCCGUAAUCGCAAAGUUAUGUAGUGACCCGUACGUAUCGUUUGCGAUCUUCGUACGAUUGCUGAGGCAAUAAAAUUGUUUGCGUUGUUGCCCCGAGACGCCCGCCAAGAAAGCUUCAGCUGACGAGAAAACACUGACAAAAAUGGCAAGUAAACGGGCUGCAACAACAGAAUUGAAUCAUGAUAACUGGAACGAAGAGAAUGAACCAGAAGAUGCUGGUACAUUUGCGAAAGCAACAAGCGAAACACUUGAAAAGAGAAUUAUAAAGACAGCAAGACGUAAUCUUCCACCGAGGGAUGGCGCUAUGAAAAGCGCAUUUGGAACAUUUACAGGUUUCAAAACUACGCCAGCAACCAGUUCGUCUCCGUUUGGUUUUUUAGCUAAUAUAAGUGUUACUUCUACUAUGACUACUUCUGCUACAUCAACAACUACUGUAAAUACAAGCAGUAGAAAUAUCGCAAGCAAUGGUUCUAAAAUUCCCGAAAACGAUGCGAAAACGAAUCAAAUGGAAGACACAAUUAAAACACAAACACUGUCGAGUACCAGUUCAAGCAAAACAAUUUUGACCAAGCAAAAUGAAAAGACAAAGCGCCGUUCGUCAGAUUAUUAUGCGAAGUUAAAGGGUUUGAACGAGAGCGUCGCUACGUGGAUAAAAACUCAUGUAGAUGCAAAUCCAUUUUGUAUAUUAACACCUAUAUUUAAGGAUUAUGAGAAAUAUCUGAAGGAGAUUACAUCGAAAGAAGAGAGCAUCAAAAUACAAACACCGCAUCCUCCGCAACAUGUAACACAGGCUGCAGAAAAGGAUCAAAAGGAUACAAAUGACCAAAAGGAUACAAAAGAAAGUGCAGAAAAAAAACUUGAUACUUCCUCAUUUGGUACUUCAAAUGCGAAUACAAAAUCUGCUUCAACUACAGCAACAGAAUGGAAGCCUGAAAAGUCGAUAUUUUCCAAUAUUGCUGCAAAUACAAAAUCGAUAUUUGGUAAUACAGAACAGAAAACGGAAAGUCCUAAGUCUGUAUUCGGUAAUGCGGAUGUAACUCCUGAUAAAGGUAGAUCUAUUUUUGGAAACAUAGAGUCGAAUGUUGGUAAGAAUAUAUUUGGUAAUGCAAAUGUGGAAAGUAAUCCCUUUUUACACAAAUCCUCUGCCGUUACGGAAGGAGACAAGGCGGAUGAAGAAGAUACAACAUCCAAUACAAAGUCUGUUGCACCUACUUUUCCAAUUUCCACUUUUAGUUUUGGACAAAGUUCUACUACCAACAAUGUUACUGCUGGGUUUAGCUUUGGAAGUGCAAAGCCAUUUUCGUUUGCCCCUCAGGCAGUGAAACCACAAGAAUCGGAGGAUAAUACAGAUAAUGAAAAUAAAGAUGAAGAAGCUGAAGAACCACCAAAACCAGAUUUUAAACCGAUAACCGAAGAAGGUGCUGUUUAUGAACAACGAUGUAAAGUCUAUAUAAAGAAAAAUGACAACUAUAGUGAAAGAGGUGUUGGGACGUUAUAUUUGAAACCAACACCGAAUGGAAAGACGCAAUUGAUAGUACGUGCCGACACGGCUUUGGGUAACUUAUUACUCAAUACUUUAUUGACUCAAAGUAUUCCCAUCAAACGUAUGAACAAGAACACAAUAAUGUUAGUCUGUCUACCUAUGCCAGACUCUUCACCACCACCAGUCGCAAUGUUAUUAAGAGUAAAAACUAGUGAGGUCGGAGAUGAACUAUUUGAAACAUUGAAUAAACAUAAAAAAUAGAAAAUUAAAUAAAUAAAUGUGGAUCGAAAAAAAUGUUUUUUUGACGUUAUCAUGCUAACAAUGAAUUAUCCUAAUUCAUACAUAACAGAAAAUUUGUUUAUUAAUCAAUAAGAUUUGUUCAUCAACAUUGUUCAUCAUUCCAUAAAAUAAAAUUUGUAAAUGUAAAUUGUGCAUAAGAAAAAUAAUACUUGAACAUGAUAAUCGCCAAUAAUUGCAAGUAAACAAAGAGAUUUUAUGAUGAAAAAAUAUAUAUUGUUUCCAAUU